AUGACCUCUCAAUCAAUUUUUAAAGAUCUUAGUAAUAUUUCCAUCACAAAUCGAUUUGAAAAUAAAGCAAGUGGCAAUGGAAAGUAUUCGAAUCAAACGACAUCAUCUUUAUCCAAUACAACAACAACAUGUGAUGAUCAUCACAGUUCUCAAGCUGAUGAAGCUGUCGUUAAUAAUGGUAGCAACGUCAAUCAUAUCAACAAAAAAUUAAAAAUUUCAAAACAUAAUAUUCUUGUAACAUCAAAAGAUGAUGAUUUAAGCAUCUCAACAAAUGAAACAUUAGUCGUGCAUAAAUCAAAAGUAUGGCAAUAUACCACACGUUGUCAAAACUCUAAUUUCUCAAUAUGUUUAUUAUGUUCGGAUAAUAAAAAGAUUUCAACAAACAAUGGAUCCACAUCUACUUUACGAAAACACUUGGUAUCAAAGCAUAAAUUGUAUGGAUUAAUACUUUCUGGUGAUAAACGGACACGUGUUGCUUCAUCUAUGAAUGAUGAGAAAAUGCAGCGUUUCCAUGAACUUUUUAUCAAUUGCAUAAUACGUGAUGGAAGAACAUUUAAUGAUUUCCAGAAAGUAGGAUUGAAAUAUGCUUUACAACAAAUAAUACCAGGCUAUGAACCACCGACUCGAUAUGCAGUAGUUCGUCGUCUGAAGCAUCUUUAUAAAUUUUAUUUCAAGAAAUUAUCUGAUGAGUUAGCAUCAAUUAAUGAUAUAUCAAUAACUUUGGAUUUAUGGAGUAACAGACACAUGCGUUCGUUUUUGGUAAUUACUGGUCAUUAUUUCUCUUCGAAUGGUUUUGAAUUAAAAUCAACAGUUUUUAACUUCUCAGCAUUUAAUACUCAUCAUAAAGCUGUUGAUAUUCGUCAAGUAUUGGAAAUGAAAUUGAAAGAACUUAAUAUACUACAUAAAGUGAUUCGAGUUCGAGUCACUUCUGAUGAUAGUUCAUUUACGACGUCCGAUAAUCAACAAAACGGAAGUGAAGAUAUUGAUUAUUCAGAUAAUGAUUCUAAUGCCGAUCAACUUGAUGAAGUAAAUCAAGACUUCUCUACUGAUGAUUCAGAUAAUGAAGAAGCACAACAACAUUAUGAUUCGGAUGACGAAGAUUUAUUAUCUAAUGAUGGUAAUGAACAAAUCGAAGACAAUUGGACAUGUGAUAUCAUUGAUUCAAGUAUUAAUAUUGUUUAUGAACAAGAACUUAUCACUGAUGUAUUGAAACGAUGUCGUGCAUUAGUAUCAAUGGUAAAACGUUCAACAGUAAUCACAUUAUAUUUUGAUACAGAACGAAAAAAGAAGACCAUCAAACGAAAUUUAUGUACUGAUAUUAAAUCUCGAUGGAAUAGCACCUAUGUUAUGAUUGAUUCCAAAGCAAAGCAAAUUCAAAAGCUUUCUAAUUAUGAACUUAGUGGUGAUGAUUGGAACACGUUAACGGCAUUACACUAUGUUUUGAAACCAUUCUAUCAUGCCACCAGAGUGAUGUCUGGCCGUGAAUAUCCAUCAAUCGGUUUGGCGUUUAGUUUACUUAUACGUACGAGAAACUUUUUACAAAGUCAUUCGAAAAAGGAAAAUUUACUUGUGAAAAAGCUCAAGCAAUUAUUACUCAAACAAUAUCUUCAUUAUUUCGAAAAUGAUCAUGAUCAAAUGGAUUUAUUAAAAUUUCACUCGUACUUCGAUCCAGCAGGAUAUGCAACACUUAUUGAUAGUGAAAAACGUUCAAUUGAACACAGCAUUAAAAAGAUUUUAACUGAUGAAUUAUUGAAUGCAUCAACAUCGCUAAUAGAAACUUCACCAAUUAGUUUAGUCGCAACAACUACGACUGAAGGCCUAUAUGUGACAACAUUUGUGUAUUCAUCAAUUAACCUCUCAAACACAGAUAGAUGA